AUGUCUCGCCAGCCACCCAAGAGGCUGUGGAAGCGCGUGUACACAGUGGUUAUUGGUGACAAUCUGGGUCUCCAUGAAUCGCUUGGGUUUGUUGGAAGUUUCAGUGCUAAUUAUCCUUGUCGCUUUUGUAAGGCCCCAAAGGAAAUCAUCCGUAGACAGCUCACCCCCGACUCGGCACUUCUACGGAGCAAAGAGACCUUUCAUGAGGAUCUUGCCCUUGAUGAUAGUAAAGGAAGAUAUGCGCUCAAGACAUUUUCAGGAGAAGUUCUCCUCACCCAGGACCAGGUGUCCCUUCUAAAUCCUUCAUCAGCAAGGGAAUUGGUUAAUAAAUUAUUAAUGGCUUUAUUUGGACGGGAUAUGCUCAUCUCAUCAUCGUUGACUGGGCAGAGGUGCAACUUGCACAAAGUGAUCUUCGCCUCGCAGAUUUAUUAUGGACUGACUACAAAAGAAUUCAGGAAACUAAGUUUUCAAUUCGCUCUCCAGAAUAGUAUCAACUGCCCAAAAACGUGGCAUGAAAACAAAACAGCAGGUGUAGAAUGGUGUGCAAAAUUUUUGAAAAGGCACCCACAGCUUUCCAUUCGGACACCAGAAGGAACCAGCCUAAGCAGAGCCACAAGCUUCAAUAAGGCAAAUGUUGACACCUUCUUCGACAACUUGGGAGCCGUUCUUGACAAGUAUAAGUUUGCAGUCAAUGACAUAUACAACUGUGACGAGACCGGGGUCACCACAGUUCAGCAGCCGAGAAAGAUCAUAGCCCAAAAAGGUGUCAAACAAGUUGGAGCUGUCACAAGCGCAGAGCGUGGGACGCUUGUGACUGUCUGUUUUGCUGUGAGUGCAAGCGGAAACAGCAUACCUCCAAUGCUUGUCUUCCCUCGAGUGAACUUUCGAGAGCAUUUCAUAGCUAACGGCCCACCUGGAUGCUGUGGUUCUGCUAAUCCGAGUGGUUGGAUGAAGGAAGAUGACUUCCUAAAGUUCCUCAAACACUUUCAGGAAGUGACCAGGUGCACCAAGGAUCGUCCAGUGUUGCUGCUGCUGGAUAAUCACGAGUCUCAUGUUGCACUUUCUGUCAUAAAUUUCUGCCGCGACCAUGGUAUAGUGCUUGUCUCUUUCCCACCUCACUGCUCCCACAAGCUUCAAUCGCUUGAUCGAAGCGUGUUUGGCCCAUUCAAGAAAUUCGUCAAUGAGGCCAGUGAUGGAUGAAGUCUCAUCCGGGGAAGACAAUGACCAUUUAUGACAUUCCAGUAAUAGUGAAGGAAGCUCUUCCGCGGGCUGCAACUGCGACCAACAUCCCUAAGGGGUUCCAAUGCACAGGAAUUGCGCCAUUCGACCGCAACAUUUUCGAUGAAAGCGAGUUCCUUCCAAACUAUGUAACUGAUCGCCCACAUGAGGCCACCCAAGCUGAACCAGCUGAGGUAACUUCAGAUGAACCUGCUGAAGUUGUUCCAGAGGAACCAGAACUCGUCCGCCCAGAUGAGGUCCGUCAAGAUGAGUCACACCCACAUA